AGAAAGAGAAGAAGUAGAAGAACAACAAAAAUAGAGAAAAAAAAAUUAUUCCUCAAAAAAUUAAAAAAUGCCACCGAAGGCCUUAUUACUGGCAUGCUUCCCGCGUAACUGAAGCGCUCAUUGUCAAUAAUCCCAAAUCCAAUUGGGUUUUUGAUUAUUGGGCAGAUUAUGAACCCUAGCUAGCGAUGAUGACUUGAUCCUGAUUCUUAAUAGUAUCCAUUUUGUUGCCCUGAUUCAGAAAGAUAUUGUUCGUUUAUCGCAUCGAGAAUCGGAAUCUGGAAGUGGGAAAAAAUGGGCAGGAUUGCUGUAGCCGUUAUCGUGAGUUUGUGGGUCGUUCCGAUCUCCAUCCUCGUCAAUCGCAUUGUUCCCGAUCCUUAUAUGGACGAGAUAUUUCACAUACCUCAAGCUCAGAAAUACUGCAGUGGGAACUUCAGAAGUUGGGACCCCAUGAUUACUACUCCUCCUGGACUGUACUAUCUUUCACUCGCUCAUAUUGCUUCUUUGUUUCCUGCUGUUGUCUUUACGCAAGCAGGAUCAUCGUUUUCUGAAGCCUGUUCCACUCAGAUUCUUCGUUCAACCAAUGGGAUUUUGGCAGUUUUAUGCAGUGUUCUUGUAUAUGAUAUAAUCUCCCAUUUAAGGCCGAAUCUUGAUGAUAAAAAGGCAACUACUUAUGCAGUGAUUUUUGCACUUUAUCCUCUCCAUUGGUUCUUCACUUUUCUUUAUUAUACUGAUGUUGCGUCACUAACAGCAGUGCUUGCUAUGUACCUAGCAUGCUUGAAGAAGAAUUACUGGUCGAGUGCAUUGUUUGGUAUCUUUGCAGUUGUCAUUCGACAAACAAAUAUUAUAUGGAUGCUUUUUGUAGCAUGCUGUGGAGUUAUUGAUACUACUUUGACUUGCCACGAUGAUAAUGUACAAAUACAUGAGAAUGAUUUGGUGCAAGAAUCUAGUCCAUUGAAUGCUAAAGGUAGUCUCGUUUCCAGUGCGAACUUGCGAAAGAGAAAGUUCUAUCGUACAAAGGUUGCUGGCAAACAAUUUCCACGUAGCACAAGAUUCUCGUCAAUAAACCUGAAAUCAGGUCUAAUGGAUGAGGUUAGGUCCAUGAUAUUGACCAUGUGGCGUAUGAAAUCUGAGCUUUUGGUUUCAUUUAGCCCCUUUUUGAUUGUGCUUAUGGCCUUUGUUGCGUUCGUUCGUUGGAAUGGAAGUAUAGUUCUAGGUGCAAAGGAAGCGCAUACUGUCUCUCUUCAUUUUGCACAGAUUAUGUAUUUUGGUCUAUUUUCUGCUCUUGUUACGGCUCCAUUGCACUAUAAUUUAAGUGAAGUCAUAGAUCUGUUUCACUCAUUCUGGAAAGGCAGACCUCUGAGUUGUUUUCAAGUUUUUAUUUUUCUUCUUGCUGGCUUCAUCUCUGUACACUAUUUCAGCAUAGCUCAUCCCUAUCUUCUCGCUGACAAUCGGCAUUACCCCUUUUACCUUUGGCGUAAAGUUAUCAACACUAAUUGGUCGUCGAAGUACCUUCUAGUUCCAGCUUACGUUUGUUCUUGGUUUUCCAUCUUCAACAUAUUAGGGAAAUUUCGGAGGAAAAUCUGGGUACUUGCAUAUUUCGUAGCCACAGCUGCGGUUCUUGUUCCUGCUCCACUGAUUGAGUUCAGAUACUUCACGACUCCAUUUUACUUCUUGAUGCUUCAUUCUCAGAUGAAUGGUAGGCUAAGUUGGCUUUUGAUUGCACUUCUUUUCAUAGCUUUGAACGCCUUCACAAUGAUCAUGUUCUUGUUUCGUCCAUUUUACUGGGAAAAUGAGUCUGGAAAGCAGAGGUUCAUAUGGUAGAUUAAUUAUUAGUUCAAAAUGCCAGAAGAUCUGUACUGACUACUUGUAGUUUUACCAUUUCAUCAAUGUUAUUGAUUCAGAGUUCAAAUCAUAGACAUAUCAAGGCUUUUGCCCCCUCUCUUCCUUGUUGAACUUAGGGAUGAUCAUCACUUCUCCCCCCUUUAUUUGUUCUUAAUUAGUAGAGCUAAGUUGGUACUCA